CGCGAUAAGAGAAACUGGCGGAGGCACUGGACUGAGGCCGGAAUCUUGGGAUGUAGUCGAGCGGACGGGAAUCAUAUCCUAGCGCAUGACGCAAAGAUCUCCCGUGCCGUGCCACCCGGAAGCUUGCUGGGGCGUGUCUAUGUGCUUGCGAGAGAGAGAGAGAGAGCUGCAUAAAAAGUAUGGCAUACCGACGAAGACGGAAAGUUCAACAAUAUUUUCCAGCUUUCGACGACCUCUACCUGCUGCGCAUAUACACCUCAUCAAACGUUGCUACGCAUACCAUAGCUGCUCCGCCGUUGCCCGGUGCUGGCAAUUUCUGCUCGCAAAUAUGGUCAACGCUCAAGAGACGAACGGCACCACGAAUGGCCACACAAAUGGCUACAGUGAUCAGCAGACGGCGCGACAACGCAUCGUGGUCGCCAUGACCGGAGCGACAGGAGCCAUACUGGGCAUCAAGCUGCUCAUCGCUUUACGUCGCCUGAACGUGGAAACACAUCUGGUGCUCAGUCACUGGGCAGAAGCCACCAUUCGAUACGAAACGGACUACACUCCUGCCGCUGUGCGCGCGCUCGCAGACCACAGCUACUCCAACCGAGACCAAGCUGCGCCUAUUUCCAGCGGCUCGUUCAGAGCGGACGGCAUGAUCGUCGUCCCGUGCAGCAUGAAAACGCUAGCCGCGAUCAAUGCUGGCUACUGCGACGACUUGAUCUCGCGAGCGGCAGAUGUGGUGAUCAAAGAACGCCGCCGUCUCGUCCUCAAUGUUCGCGAGACUCCGUUGAGCGAGAUACAUUUACGAAAUAUGCUGGGCGUAACGCAUGCGGGAGCGAUUAUAUGUCCUACGGUCCCCGCAUUCUACACCAAGCCCGAGUCCAUUGAGCAGCUGGUCGAACAGAUGGUUGGUCGUACCCUCGACCUCUUCGGCUUCGACACUAAAGAUUUUCCCCGGUGGAGCGGUUACGAGAAGGACUAGGAGGUAAUUGCGGAAGGGUGACGGAUAGACGUGAGAAUGGAGAGACUAGUGUGAAGGCCUUGCCUUUUUAUUCCAAUCCAGACCAAG